AUGCAUGGUAUUAUGAGAUGUAAACUAACCGCCUUCUUCGACGCCCUGACCGAUGGUCUCUCCCGCACAAUGGCCCACCCGACCGCCAACGCCAGCUGCAGCUGCGACGACCGCGAAAACCAAACGACGCCCUCCGUCCCCAGCACGUCGUCUGUGCCAUCGAAGGGGCGCAGGCGCAGCCUGAACCUGUUCGGCUUGUGUCGCGAGCGGCCGUCGCCGUUCGGUUCGAAGAGGAAUAAAAGGUGCUUGCGCAGUUCGUCGCCGGGAAAGAGAGGGGGCAGGUGGGGCGUCAAGUUCGGGUGCUCUAAAAAGGACAACCGGACCCAGGACCCCCCGAACUGCUGCCGAUGCACCUGCUACAGCCGCCCCAACGACCCGCCCGGCACCACCAGAGAGCAGCGAGUCGCUGCCUCCGCCGCCCCUUCGGUGCCGCCGCCGUCCUUCGAGGAGGACAGAGAGGGGGAGGAGGCGGAGGAGGAGGGGCGACAGGUGGAGGAGGGGGCAGGAGGCGGGGAAGAAGACGGGGGCGGGUCGGAGGGGGAGGUGAACGGCGUGCGGGGGAUUUACGGGACGGCGCCUGCGACGAGUUCGCUGCCGAACAUCGUGGUGAACGCGCCGUUCCUCGAUAUGCAAUGGAUGAGGACACAACAGCACGAGGAUUGCGAGGAGGCGGCCCGGUUGGCGCGCGCCCGCGAGAUCGAGCAGGGUGUCGAGGCGCCCGCCCACUUCCGCCCCGUCAGACGCGUCCAGCUGCUCUGCCCCGCCGAGGAGGGCGGGGACGCGCAUGCGCCCCGAAGGUUGCAGCUGGUUUGUCCUCCGGAUCUAAGCGUCGAAUCGAUUAGGGCGCUCUUCCAGAAUCACGUGACUUUGAGAUCAUGUCCUUCGGACACGAUACCUGGUUGCCAUACCCAGGUCGAUUUUAUCCACUGCCUAGUUCCCGAUUUGUUGACUAUAACUAAUUGUAGCUUCUAUUGGGGCAAGAUGGACAGAUACGAGGCGGAGCGCUUGUUGGACGGCAAGCCGGAGGGCACUUUUCUGUUGCGCGACUCCGCCCAGGAGGAGUUUCUGUUCAGCGUGUCGUUCCGCAAGUACGGGCGGUCGUUGCACGCGCGCAUCGAACAGUGGAACCACAAGUUCAGCUUCGAUUCGCACGAUCCAGGCGUAUACACGUCCGAUACCGUCUACGGCCUCAUAGAACACUACAAGGACCCCAGCAGUUGCAUGUUCUUCGAGCCGCUGCUCACCUGGCCCCUGCACAGGAAGUUCGUCUUUCCUCUACAACACUUGGCCCGAGCGGUGAUUGCCGGCCGGUCCACCUACGACAACAUCAACCAUCUGCAGCUGCCGAAAACUCUCAAAACGUACCUCAAAGAGUACCACUACAGGCAGAAGGUCAGAGUGGAACGGUUCGAAGACGACGUUCAGCUGUUCGAGUUGCGGAACGUGCCUACUUGAUGUGUUUUCCGCUUCCGUUUGGAGGAUUUUGUCAGGUUUUUGGAUAUCAUUUGAUGUUGAUUUAUUUUCAGCAGCUAAAUUGA